CUUGAAGACACACUUAAAUGACUGGAUGCAGGACACUUCUGCGAGGGCAUACUUACCAAGGAGGUGAUAUCGAGGCUGCCUCGUUUGGUGCUUUUUUGUUUUUGUGAACUGCCGAAAUGUUAAUUCGAGUGAUCCUUGGUCCAGACAACAUUCGGAAGUUAAGUAUUCCGAGCACUCCCUCAUCAUUAGAGGAACUAAAACACAUCUUGUGUGACAAACUGCAGAUUGAUAAGGGGUUUUCUCUCCAAUAUGAAGACUGAUUUAGAGAUUUUGAUAAUUCUCUAUGCAAUUUGAUGGACAUAAAGGAACUUCCUGCUGACAGAGUGACCUUGAAAGUUUUCUGGGAGGUAGUUUUCACCCCUGCAGAAGAUGAGGUCAGCUUGUCCGAUUGCACUGUUGACACAGCAAGUGUGUCAUCACGGACCUCAUCCUCAACCAGUUCUUGUCCCCGGGCAGAGCAAUGGCCAGCUGUAUUUCCUAUACCAGACUUUUCAUACGACGUGGAAUUUCGACUGCAAAAAGAAAAUGAAGUCUAUGAAAAAACUGGUAGAUCUGCACUAAUUGUCUCCCGCGAGAUAAAGAUGGAAGUACUGGACAAAGUAGCUGAGCGUAUAUACUCCUUUAAAGCAUAUCCCACAGACGCAGAUUUUGAGAGUGUAGCUGCAGCAUUGGUUCGCAAGCAUCCAUGUCUAAAAGAGCCAGGCCCUGGAACGGGUUGGCAGGGAUGGAAAAUGAGCCUGAAAUACAAAAUGGGCAACUAUCGACAAAAAUUAUGCACUGCUGGAUGCUUAGAAGUUUCUGUAAACAAGAGAGAAAAAGAAAUGCCACAGAGAGGUGUAAAGAAACCCAGGCAUUCUGAGAUAAAUUUUCUCCCAGAUAUUCCACAUGGAUUUGAUGAUGAAGCUCUUGAAAGAGAAAGAAUAACCCUUGUGGAAGAAUUAAGGAAGAAGAAUGUUAACAUGACACUUGUUAACCAAAAGAUGGACAUGACUUUCUCAAUGAGAAGGAGAGAGAUAGUUCAUGAUGAACCUCCUGUUUCUGUGGUGAUGGAAAGAUGGCCAGGUCUUUUCACAGAACCACAGGUGUAUGCAGAAUUUAAGAGAAUUACAGGAAUUGACCUUCACACAGCAUUCCAUGCCUCUCUUGACAAGUUUUCAGUACCUCUCCUCAAGAUGUACAGAGCCAAAGAGAGCAAUAUGAUAACUGCCCUGUUAGAAAGUCUGGAUGAGCAGACCACAGACAUGACAAAACAUCGUAGAAUAACAGCACUUAAAGGACUUCCAUAUUACAUCAGGGAGCACACCCCUAUUCUGAAGACUUGUGUGGCAGCUGACUUGUUGGAAACCAAAGUUGGCAUGAAAAUGGGCAUCCUGGAGACCACUGAAGAUGGGGCAGUCCCACCCAAGUCAAGGGGUCGCGAGCCAGUCUGA